AGCCCGGAAGUGACGCGCCGCUGCCUGUCAAAGCUCGUGGUUAGUGAGCGAAGCAGGCUGGAGAGUAAACAAGCCCUCGCCGCUCGGUGCUGCCGCUGGCUCCAUCUUUAAAGGGCUGCCGCGCAACUCAACCGCCGCGAGGAGAAGAAGAAGAAGAGGAGGAAGAAGAAGAUGGGGGCUGUCUUGGGCCUCUGCUCCAUGGCGAGCUGGGUAAUGUGGCCGGAACCGCGGCCUCCUCCUUCGGGGCCCCACUUCGCUGGGUUAGGGAGUCACGGGGGCGGGGGCGGCUAUUCAGCAGCAGCAGCAGUUCCAGAGGCGCAGGCGCAGUGAGGGGGCUCUCUGACUGCGCCCCCCCCCCCAUGCAUCUCAGCGCGCUGUCCUUUCUCUGCGGCGAGGCGGCCCCUCCCUGGCCGUGAUGCGUCCCCUUUGUUUAAAUCAUAUAUAAUAAGAUUUCGUUUGCCAACGCCCUAGAACUGAUGGAGGAGGCGCGUUAACGUCUCGACCCUGUUGUCUGCGCCUUGCAGGUGCUAUGGCAAAAUGACAAUGCACCCCAAAUUAAAAACCCUUAGUAAUGGAAAGCAAUGGGUUGGUGCAGGGCCGGAUUUAGGUUUGAGGAGGCCCUAAGCUACUGAAGGUAAUGGGGCCCUUUAUAUGUGAUAUUUUAGGGAGCAGGCUAGCAGGCGGGACCCAUUACUUACAUCAUAGGAGCCUACACAACACAAAACACUGUUGCUGUAUGUAGGUUUUAUUUUAGUUUUGUUUUUUUUAUCUUAUAUUUUGGAAAUCUACAUCUGGUGUGUUUUUUCCUUUAAUUUUUUGGGCCCCCCCAAGAGAGUGGGGCCCUAAGCUAUGGAUUGUUUAUACGUAAAUCCGGCACUGGGUUGGUGAUGUUGCCUCUUUAAACACUGGCCCUUUGAAAUUUGACAGUUCCUCGCUUGUUUCCUGGAGGGCAGUUUGCUAUCUAGGUAGUUGCUCCCCCACCCCCCAGCAUCAUCUUCUAUCCAGUCCUCAUGCUUUCCUCCUCUGUGGAUAGCUUCCUAAGGCCAUUUUUAAGAAUGUCUCUAUAAAGGGGUUCUGAAGUUGCAAUGUGAAAGGUGUUUGUGUGUGUGGUGGGGUUUCGUCAUCUCUAAUUUUACAGGGUCGUUUAUUGUUCCAAGGCAUCUGGCAAAUGUUUGUACCAUCUUAUACCGCAGUGUAUGCUAAGUCACCAUGCUAGGAGUAUAUGUGGGAUUACCGAACUGAAAAUUAUGAGUGAAAGUGUGGCUUCUACCUCCUUUUGACAAACCCUGCAUUAAAGUAGGAUCAUCUGUAGGUGUGUAAGAGAGAAUCAAAUCAGUCUAGAGAAAAUGUGGACUUUUUGAGGAAAAACAACACAAUAUCUUGAGCCGUAGUAGAAAUUCAUAAUAUUGUUUUGUUAGACUGAAAUUUGUGGAUUUUUUUCCUGUUCCCUGGGAUAAAUUCCUGCUAUGGAAUAAUAAAGGCAGAGUGGAAAGUUACAAUGGUCAGACUGGGCAACUUGAUAGAAUGUUGCUUAAACUUUUGCUGAUUUAACUGUUGUGCAUUCCUCCUAAUGUGCUGGAAGUUAGAGUAAGAGCUUGUCCUAUAUUUUUCCCUACACCUCUGAGGAUAUUGAAGUAAAGUGUGUAAUUCAGUAUAUAUCUUUGAUUCAGGCAUAAAGUAAAAACAAAUCUCCACUAACCUGUAAGUCAUAUACUUUUUCUUGGCUAUGGUAUACAUCACUAUUUGCCCUGGUAAGCAUAACUAAUAACUUUUGUAAACAGUCUGUUGACUGUCUUGGCUGUACAUGGGGCAAUCACAGAGCCAUCUGAGAAGCAGCAUUGCAACAUCACCUUUGCUUUUUUGCAGGACUUGUUCAUGCUUCUAUUAGUGUUAUAGCACUGAAUCAAGAGCCCAAUGACCUACUGCUCAUAUCUGCACACAUUUUACUAUCAAAGCCAUGGCCUUUGCAGUAAUGGGUAUACCGGAAAACGUAAUACAGAAUAUGAGAUUACAACUAUUACAUUAGUAGGAGUGUGAUCCUUAAAUAUUAUGACAUCAGAACCAGUAGUUAAACAUUUUAACCACGUAAUUAACUGAGCAUAACUUUUUAUUUUGUCCUCAUACUCCUCCCUUUCUUUCAUCAGAUACCAUGUUUGUGUGGCAGUGCCCCAUGUCUGCUGUGCCGGUGCUGCCCCAGUGGAAAUAACUCCACUAUAACAAGGGUGAUAUAUGCUCUGUUCUUGCUCCUUGGAGUGGGUGUUGCAUGUGUGAUGUUAAUUCCAGGAAUGGAAGAACAGCUGAAGAAGGUCAGUUUACUCUUGAGACAACUAUGGUAGAAUUAUUGUGGCACUGCUACGGUAGUUUGGGAUUGACCUGUAUUUUCUUACGUUUUAGAAGCAUUGCUUCGUAUCCGCACCUCCUUUUAUUCUAGAAUGUUAUUUAGUGUUUUGUUUACAUAGGCUAAGGCCUAACUAUGGAGCAGUUCUCUCAUUAUGACUGCCUUUCAUUGAAGUAUUUUAACAUUUAGCAUAAUGGUUGUCUGUAAAACCUUGCCUUCUUCCUGUAUUAGUUAGCUAUUAUUUCAGACCAGGAGUAUACAUACAUACAUGUAUGUAUGUGGCUUUUGAAAACACCAGGGGACUAUAUUUUAUGUAUUUAAAUAUAUAUAUUAUGUAUUUAAAUCUUCAGUUUAACAUUGGCUUGUGAGAACCUUAGACCUGUACAAAUUUCAAGUAAUGAAGAGAUGUUAAAUUAAUCCUGUCAUAGUCGGCUCCUAACAAAACAAAAAGUUUGGGUUCUUCAUUGACAUAUGUUAAUAUAUAUUAUGUUGUUCAUUACAGAUUCCUGGAUUUUGUGAUGGCCAAGUGAAUUGUGAUGUUCUAGUAGGCUAUAAAGCAGUAUAUCGGGUGUGCUUUGGUAUGGCCAUGUUCUUUCUCCUGUUCUCCUUAAUGAUGAUCAAAGUGAAGAGCAGCAGUGAUCCAAGGGCAGCAAUACAUAAUGGGUAAGAAGAAAUGAUGGCCCAGCUAUGCCUCUAUCUGGACAGGGAUAGCCUAAAUAUUGUUGUCUAUGCUCUUGUAACCUCAAGGUUAGAUUACUGCAAUGCAUUAUACAUAGGACUGCCUCUGAAGACGGUUUGGAAGCUUCAGCUGGUGCAGAAUUCAUUGGCCAGGUUGCUCAUGCAAGAUGGUUUGAGAAUAUUACGAUGAUCCUGGUCCAACUGCACUGGCUACUGAUUACCAUAUUUUUCUGUGUUUAAGACAAUAUUUUUUCCUAUGAAAUAAUAUGCAAAAAUAGCAGGUCGUCUUAUACACGGAUAGCAGAGGGGGGAUGGGCAUUUGUUGUCAUCAGACAGCAUGAAAUUUGCAGCGGCGAUUGGGCAUGUGAUAGGUUGCUGUGGCAAGGCCUGCUGACGAUUGUUUGCAGCUUUGGCAAUGGUGCGUGCUAUUUUCGGCAUCAUCGAGGUGUGUGUGCAAUCUUCUGUUGUUGUGCUGAGUGUGCAGGUGGGCUUUUGGCGGUGUGUGUGCAUACGAUUGUUUGCUGCAGCAAUGUGUACAAUUUUGAUUGGCGCGCAGGCUGUAGAGCGAUUGGCAGUGCUGACCCCCCCCCAAAAGCUCAGCAACUGUGGGCAAUCUCCCUCCCCCCCCCAAACACAACAACUUUGGUCAAUCCCCCCCCCCCUUUUGUUGCGGUCCAAAAAAAGGGUCAUCUUAUACAUGGGGGCGUGUUACACACGGAAAAAUACGGUAGUUUCCGAGUUUUGACCUAUAAUGCCUUAACCGGCUCAGGACCGCAAUACCUCAAGGACUGUCUCUUUUCAUAUGAACCUAUCAUCUUCUGAGGCCCUCCUUUGUGUGCCUCCUUGAGAAGUCUGGAGGAUGGCAACACGAGAAAGGGCCUUCUCUGCAGCGGCUCCCCAUCUGUGGAAUGCUCUCCCCAGAGAAGUUCACCUGGUGCCUUCAUUAUACACCUUUAGGCUCCAGGCAAAAAUGUUCCUUUUUAACCAGGCCUUUGGUUGCUUUGAUUGACAUCCUAUGUCCUUUUGAAAUGUGGGGGUUUUUUUGGGGGUAGUGGUGGUGGUUAUUGGAUUGUUGUUUUUAUUUUGAUUAUGUAUUUUGGUUUUAUAUUUUGGUUUUAUUCUGUGAACCGCCCUGAGACCUCUGGGUAUAGGGUGGUAUAUAAAUUUAUUCAUAUAUAUAGAUAGAUAGAUAGAGAGAGAGAGAGAUAAAUUGUAGUCUUGUGUUUCCUGCACAAGGUAUAUAAAUAACAAAACCUGAAGGCUGUUGCUUCAGGUCAGUGAAGAGAUCAUAUGUAAUAUUAAUACAGUAUAUUAUGUAAAGUACAAAUUUUAAAAAUACUGCUGAUACCCUAACUUUGAUGGUUCUUUGGUGAUAUUUCAGAUUCUGGUUCUUUAAAUUCAUCACAGCUGUUGCAAUUACAGUUGGAGCAUUUUUUAUUCCAGAAGGACCCUUUACAACAGGUAUGAUUGCGUUGAAAGUCAUGUAUAUUUUGCACAGAAACUGUUUCCAAUAGCUUUCAAUGUGAUACUGAGUUCUUAUUUAACAGAUCUUAAUGUUCUGAUUUGUCACACUGGAGAAGAUGCGUAGGUCUUUGGCAUAACCUUUCUGGCCUGACAGGUCAGAUCAGUCCCUACCUCAGUUUGCCAACUUUUGACAGAUGGGUGGUCCCAACUACCUGUCAGUGUCCCUUGAGCAGCGAUUCUCAAGUGCCCAACAGCCAGCUGAUUGCCGGGCAUUUGGAAACCAUAGCACAAGGGGUAUUGCCAGUUUAGGACUGGCAAAUCUGCAUUCCUCAGCAAUCAGCUGUCCAAUUGAGUUCCCCAUGCUGAGCUCAGUUACACAGCUAAUCCAGUGCUGUCUGUACCUGCCUCAUACCUGAUAUCCUAUAUGAUGUCAGGUGACCAUGGUUUAGGGAAAACAGUUUUGUGGGCCAAAUUGAGCUAAAUCUGGCCUGCAGGCUGGAGGUUCCUUACUUCAGCAUAAUCCCUUAAUUCUCAUUCCCAAAGAAUCUAGUUUUAUAUGUGUGUAGUCACAGACUCAUAUUUAUCUCUUAAAUCCUUGUGCUUUCCUCACUGUUGGUUUUAGAUUAUAAGCUACCUGGGGACAUAGCCUUGUUUAUUUUUUAAUUGUCAAACUCUUUAAGAGUUUAUUUUACGAGUAAAUUUUACCCUGAUGACUCUGAAUCACUCAAUACAUGCUAACAAUUCAAACAGAAAAAUUAUUUAUGAAAAUUAAUAUAUUAAUUAUUUUUCUUCCUAGUGUGGUUUUAUGUAGGCAUGGCUGGUGCUUUCUGCUUCAUUCUUAUCCAGCUGGUUUUACUUAUUGAUUUUGCCCACUCUUGGAAUGAAUCUUGGGUCGAAAAGAUGGAAGAAGGAAACUCAAGAUGCUGGUAUGCAGGUAUGUAGUGGUUUGUUGGUCAGCAUCACAGGGUUUGUUUAUUAAAAUUGGGACAUGCUGUGCUCAAAUUUCAGUUGUAGGAGUCAUGACCUGAGAACUCUUUGAUGUUGCUCUUCACUCGCUAGUUGCUGACCAAGGAAGGGUGUGUUUUUGUGCAUGUGCGGAACUGAGAGUCUGAAUCCCUCCCAUCCCCAACAUACCAUGGUUAAGAGGGAAUUGGUGUUUCCAGAAGCAUAAUAAUGAUAUUGAUUACAUGGGGUCAGAAGAGGAGAAAGUUGUGCCUGACUUGAUGCAGCUGUAGUAACAACUAUAAUUACUGAGGAUUGAUUCAGUUUUUCCAGAUCUUCUAGAGGCAAUAGUAGUUUAGUCUGCCUACUGAAGUUAAUCCAGCAGAUCACUUUUCUUAUCCAACAGUGUAGGAUUUAUUUUUCAUCACUGCUCUAGUGAGCCUCCUUCAAAAGUACUAAUAAAACCUGAAUCCAGUUUUGUUUGCUUCUUCACAGCUUUGCUGUCUGCCACAGCAUUAAACUAUCUUCUGUCUCUGGUGGCAAUUGUCCUAUUUUAUGUCUAUUAUACUCUGCCCGAUGGCUGUUCUGAAAAUAAGGCAUUUAUCAGUGUCAAUAUGCUGCUGUGCAUUGGAGCAUCUGUAAUGUCAAUUCUGCCUAAAAUCCAGGUAUGAGGUUACAUUAAGUGGAUAUUUGUUUUCAUAAGAAUCUGGCUAAUACAUCAGCCGUUUGUCAAAUUUCUACAUAUAGUUAAUUCACAUCUUAUGCAAGCAUUUGGUUCGGGGGGGGGGGUGGUAGUCUCUGCAUACAUGCAAAAGCAUAUAAAUCCAGGAAACCCUGGAACUGCUCCCAGCACCUCACAAGGUGAAGGACUGCUUACCCAACUUUGGGAAGGAGGCACAAGGGCUCUGGGACAUUGCCAGAGCCGUCACACCACCUUCCCGAAGUCUGGUAAGCCUGUAAUUACAGCUUUGCGCAGGGGAGUGGGGGGGAUAAGUAAAUGGAGAGUUGGUUUCCUCUGCUCUCCAUUCAUUCAUUUCCUACUCUCCCUCCCUGUGCUGAGUUGUGAUCACAUAAGAAAAAUCAGCACAAUAUGCAGUUAUCUGUAUUGUUUUGCUUUCUGUCUGCAUAUAGGAAUCACAACCGAGAUCUGGGUUGUUACAAUCAUCUGUGAUCACCGUUUAUACAAUGUAUCUAACCUGGGCUGCAAUGACCAAUGAGCCAGGUAAGGAGAUUUCAUGUUGUUGUUGUUAUUGUUAUGAUCCAGAAGUGACUCUGGCAGAACUCCGUUGUUUAUUGCUGUCACACCUACUUUGGAUGAUUUAAAACUUUUGAAUGUUUUGAAGCUUUGAAGGGACAAAAAACUGUUAAACAAAAAGUAUUUCAGAGUGCAAGGUAGAAUGCUAUAAAUUGAUUGUUAGAGAAUCUGUGGUUAUCUAAAUGAUUCUUGGAGUGAGUGAAGCUUACUCCCAAGUCAGCAUGAUUAGGAUUGCAGUUUUGGUAUACAAAAGACUUCUUGUAGGGCGGGCGGUUCAUUCAUUUUCAGCUUUGUAUUCUUGUUAUUAAAAAAAGUGCACCUAGACACUCCGUUGCAGUGCCCAUGACCUAGGUUUAAGGUGCCAUUUAUCUCCUAGCUUUCAUAUAUCAGUUUCUAACACUGUUCUGAACACUUGCUCUCUCACCACACAGUAGCAAGACUAGCCAGUGUCCUUCUAUUGCAUGGGGAUGUUGCUAGUACAGUGCUCAAAGAAAGCACUGUUAAUCCCAUAUCCUUUGUAUGGAAAGGCCAUAGCUGUAUUUCAUUGCAGUUGGAAAGCUACACAACAAACAGCUCAAAAACAGUUUCGAGCAGUGUAAAAGGCUAGCACCUAGUGGAUAAUACUAUGUUGGACAUUGCUUCUGUGAGAAAUAAUUGUUUUGUGUAAAAUAAUCCGACUUUCAGUUUUUUGUGUCUUUACUGAUCUAGACAGACAAUGCAAUCCAAGCUUGCUGAACAUAAUUGGCUAUAAUUCCACAAGCACUCCAAGUAAGGGUCAGUUUGUCCAUUGGUGGGAUGCCCAAGGAAUUGUAGGCCUCAUCCUGUUCUUAAUGUGUGUUCUGUACUCAAGGUGAGCAGAACUUUUGGAAAACCUUUUCCAAUUUUCAGUUAUUUUUUUAAAAAAAGGACAUCUAGUGACACUAACUACUUUUUAACUGCAGCAUUCGGACAUCCAAUAAUAGUCAGGUAAAUAAACUGACAUUAACCAGUGAUGAGUCAACACUGAUAGAAGAUGGACUUCCCAGGAGUGAAGGCUCUCUUGAUGAAGGAGAUGAUUUGCACCGUGCUGUUGAUAAUGAGAGAGAUGGAGUUACUUACAGUUAUUCAUUCUUUCACUUCAUGCUUUUUCUUGCUUCGCUUUACAUCAUGAUGACCCUAACCAACUGGUACAGGUAUGUGGAUCUUGCAGGACUACAUUUCAUUGACAUUAUCAGUGCUGAUCACCUGUAGGGGUGGAAGUGGGCAGAGAGGCAAAUGUUGGAUUCAUUAUCUCCUCUCCCACUUAUCAGAUCGGUGGCAGUGAAUUUUAUUCUUACAUAAUUUUUUCAAUUUUAAGAACAUAAGCGAUGAUCAAGAGAAAAGUAGUUAUUCUGUUCCACAAAUGAGUCGGCUAACACUUUAUCUCUCCUCUUUCUCAGCCCUGACCCUGCCUCUGCAUCAAUGACCAGUAAGUGGCCAUCUGUCUGGGUGAAGAUCUCUUCCAGCUGGAUUGGCAUAGUCCUCUACGUGUGGACUCUGGUGGCUCCACUUGUUCUAACAAACCGUGAAUUUGACUAAGCCAAGUGUCUCAUCUGAAAGCUCUUGCUUUAUUUUGUUGCUAAUUUGAAGCUAACAGUAUUCAACAUCGCGAUGCAAUUUGUAAAUAAUACGUGUAUGUAUUGUCUGAAUAGUUUAUCAUGUCUUCUGCAUGGUUAUACUUUUAAAUCAUGUUCACUUGCUAUUUCAGUGACUGUUUUCUAGUUGAGCUUGAUGAUGAUAAUAGUACAUAUUAAUGAUUAAUACUGAGCCCUCUUCCAAUGUUGGGGGAAAGUAAACACAUAUGGUGGGUAGAGUAGGGAUGAAGAUUCUACCACCACCAACACCCUGCUAUUUUCAUCACUUUUACAGUUUGUAAAUGGUGACCGUGUGAAGCAGAGAGAGACUUUUGCAUCCAUGGAGACUCCCUGCUUCUGUGGGUGAGAACCUUGGUUUUCCAUUUGGGAGCCUCCACAGAUACAAACAUCUCUCUGCUUCACAAUAUCACCAGUUGGAAAGUGAUGAAAAAGGCAAUGUUGGGCAGAGCUAGUGUGAUCUUUCCCACUGCUCCCUUCUGUAUAUUUUCUUUCCCCUAACUAGUACCUGGAGAGGGAUUUAGGGUCAAACUAGAUGUGAGAACAACAGUUCCAUGUGUUUCAAACCCCACAAAUAUUUGGCUCAGCCCUACUGCUUACUGAAGAAUUCCCAAAUCAUGUACAGUCAAAGGUGCAUUAAAACAGUAUUUUUCGGGGCAUGUAGAUAGGCCGAGGUUGAAAGUCAGAUAUUUGAAGUUAUAAUCAGAUGGGGAACCAUGAAGAGUGUUAGAAGCUAGGGCUAUCUAUGACAAUCUUACUGGCCUUUAUUGCAAUUUAAUAAUUGUUACACAGCAGUUUUCUAGUUAGUAAAAUAUCAACUUUGGUCUAGCAAGGAAGUAUAAUCUUUCACAACUGUGAGAUUUGCCCAGAAAAGAUGAGAAAAAUAUGGCUAUGACAGAUAGGAGAGACAGUAAUGGUUGUAAGCCUUUGGAGGAUACUGUAUUACCUCAGCUGAAGCAUGGAUGGAUGGUUGUCUAGGAGAGUCUGAUGCUGAAUGAGAAUCACAUAUCAGGUGUGUGUUAAGUCUAGGUUACCUUUAGAUCAUAGCUGAUCUGCAGGAGGUAUGAUCUUUUGUUUGUUGAACAAACAUCAGAUGAACAGGAGCACAGGAAUGUCAACUCUAAUGAGCCUUAGCUGAUGAUAGAGCAGAGCAAAGAGUGGGGUUAGUAGGAAGGGAAAGAUUGUACCUGUGAUUCAGUUGCCAUUUUAAUCAAUUUGUGGAGGGUUUCCCCCUUCCACACUUUAAACGAUAAAGAGCCCCAGCUGUCACUAGGGCUGGUGUGAGCAUAUAAGAAAACAGCUGUUACAAUUCUGUAGGACUGGUUUUUGUACUUGCAGGUUUGAAUAAGUACAAGGCUUCUUUAAAGAAUGUGAACAGGAGUAAAUGUUUAAGGUUGUACUUGAAAUUAUUCAAAAUGUGCAUGGGGUAUCAAAAAUAGUUGCCAUUUUGACCAGAUUUGUUUUUUAAAGUGAAGUGCAGUGAAGUAUUAAUGCAUGCUAUGGGCUUUUCAUUUUUGUAACCAUUUGAUACCAAGAUGGUCUUUUUUAAAAAAACCUAAUCAAUACUUGGAAGGUAUUUAGGGCUAGCACUCAUUAAAUUGAAAUUAAGGAGUGAAAUGGAUUGCUGUCCCCCCACUGCUGGUAGCUGUAGUAUAGUAUAUUUCACGCUGAUGAGGUAGACUUCAGGUACCGCUGUUUAUUUUUAUAGCUUUUUUAAAAGUUACUUUAAAAAAAACUAUCCUGGCUCCAUCUGUUCCUUGUGUGGGUAUAAUUGAGCUUAGUUUGUAAAUCAAGUUCUGUAUCUUUCUAAAAAUACUUUCCUGGAUAAAUUGAUAUAUACCAAUAUUCAUUUUUAGUUAAAGCACACUUGCAUUUUAAUAGCUGAUCUCUUCACAGAUGUCAUUGAUUCUUGUGUCAAAGGUAUUAUCUUUUGUGUGUCCAUUGCCGGCAGUGGAUUUGUACCUGGAAAAUCCUAAGUCUACAUAACACAGAAACUAUUAGGUGUUUUGCAUAGUUUGUUUGUUGGAAAUCUUCAAAUACUGUGCUUUGCUGCUUGAAUAGGAAGGUACAGUUCUGGUUUGCUUUUCCUUAAGGAUUGCAUAGCUGACAGAGAACAGUUUCAGCUGUAGCAGCACUGUUGUGCAUUACUGAGUAUCAGUGGUGAAUUUCUAUAAAAAAAUACUUAGAUAUAUUUAAUGGCUGACUUAGGCUCAACAUGAAUGCAAUUUCAAGGUAGCUUUAAUAUUUAGUCAUUUUGUGUGUAUGCUAUAACUUAGUAAACAUUCAGAAAAAAUGGCUGUUUAGGUCUUCCGAGUCUUGUUUUGAUUUUUUAUCCAAUGUGGCUAUAGGCCAUACAUUUUCAUAGUACUGAAUAUACUUCCUCUAGCCUGCUACUGAAAAUCCCCUUUAACAAAGAACACAUUCACAGAAAACCCCCAACCCAUUCAACAGCAUUUGUGCCUAUGGGGUGAAGCAAGUAGUGGAUACUCUUACGACUAUGAAAUUAAGAUGGACACUUGUCAAUUCAAUGAAGCACUAUAUUCAGUUCUGGUCCCCUAACAGUUUUAUUUAAACAAAGUUGUAAAAAUAGAAAACAAAGUACAGAAGAAUUAAACUCUGAGUGCUACGACCUCCAUCCAGAGUUACUUAUUGUGUAUGUCAUACAUUAGGACUAAAAGUGAACAAGAAAAACUGCGAGUGGCUAAUACAGAGCAUCCAAUUACCUGGCAUAUUCUGAAUACAUAAUUCCAAAUAUGACAGCACUAGAAUGAACUCAUUGUGAACUGUUGAUGGUUUGUAUAAAUGUUUAAACUGCUCUUUUGAGACCCGAGUUUUGGGGAAAGUGAUAGAACAAACUGUUUAAGGUUCCACAGUAGCUGCUCACAAAAUGCCAUUUACAAAAGAUAGAUCCCAAACAAUAGCCUCAAUAAAUAGUUUGCUUUAACUCUCUCGUUUUAGUUGUUCAGCAGUGGCAUAUCAGUGUCCAUUGGCACAGGAGCAAGUUCACACAAAUAGAAUAGUGUAGCUUCACUAGCUUCUGCUUCUGUCAGUGGCUCCAGACGAACCAGUUUGCUUUGGGUUGGUUGAGGAUCCAGACCACUUUCCAGGAGUUCAUCCACUUCUAUUGGUUUAUCCACAGAAGAUACUGAUUCAGGUGUCAUAUUUGCAUUCUCCACUGAGCCUGGAUUUCCAUCAAGGAAUGCAAGUAGGGGAAAGGCAGUAUAUUGAAUGAGCUGUUUAUCUGCAGGGCAAGAAACAAACCAAACCAAAGUAAUUACUCAACUGCUCUAUAUUCCUACAGAAAAGGCUAAAAAAUGAAGAGAAACUUGUCAAUGUACAGCACAACUACAACUCGCUUUCCAAGCAUACUGGGUAUAUGUUAACUAUUUUAUUCAUUUCAUGUCUAAAAUAAGGGUAUUUAUGAAUGCAGGUUAAAUUAUACCCAAUCUACAUUUCUGAAGCUAAGAGAACUUGCAUAUCAACCUGAUUUGGGGUCAGAAUUAGGCACAUCUUGUGUAGAUGGUUGAGCACUAUUAGUCUUCAUUGUUUCAAUUCCCUUUGUCUCCACCUUAAAAGCAAGCAUGGUUACAAAAAUCAGAUGACUUCAUACUAAUUUUUUUAAGGAACAGAGAAAACAUUUGUCUAGAAGAUAACUGCUACAAGCAAAUGUUCAGGAACUUAUCUAGCAGCUGGGACACAGGAAUGUUAGAAAUCUAGACUGUCACCAUGGGUAUAUCCACCCAAUCACAUUCAAAUUUUACUCUAGAAAGCAUGUCUAAAAUAAGGAGAAUACAUUUCAAAAUGAUGCAAAUCUCCCAUUUCAAAACCAGUUCUUAGCCUGUGCUUUUCACCCUCUUUUGAAUGCUACAUCUACUUUGAUAAUAACUUUUAAAAAUACUGAUGUGUUAAACUGAUGUUCUGGCCAGCAUGUGAUGCCCCCCAAUAUAGAACUUGAAAACUUAAGAUGCACAUGUGUAAUUUUUCAAAAUGCAGAAAAAAAAUCUGGAAAGCACAAAAAGGAAAACAGCUGCAUCUUUAAAUAAUGUGUCAAUAUCAGCCUUGUUAAGGUACACAAAAUGUUAAAACAAAUAUUAACAUGCUAUGCAACUGGAUUAGACAACUGGCCAUUGACAUUACACCAUAUUUCCCACUGCUGUGCUACUUUAAAACUUACUUUUGUACUAUUGAUAUGACCUGUAGGAUUCAUCUGCACGGAACUUGAAAAAAGCUGGACAAGACAAAAUGUACACCAAGUUUUAAAAUUCUAUAUUCUAGAUAUAAAUUGGGUGACUUAUAAACCAAACUAAUCUUUUGUGCCUGAAAUAGCCACAAAUAGAAAUGUUCUGCACAAACCCUCAAGCACAAACUACUAUUCUGCUGCUCUCUGAAACUGCAGUCUCAAGCUGUUGUUAAUAUAGACCUUUUAAGGUAUAACAUUUAAAAAAUGCAAAUGUAUUUUUCUUACACAAAAUCUUUGUAAAGCCAAAUUUGCGAGGAAAAUAGAAGU